AUGUACAACUCCAAGAGCCUUUCGGCACUCUUGUGUCUGGCCCUCGUCACUCCUUCCGCUCUGUCGGCACCUGUUGCCUCCAAGAGUACAACCCUGGCCAGACGGCAAUUCGACUCAGAGAGCUUCGCGGGUAGCGGCAGCGAUAUCUCCAUUCCCGAUGGACCCUACUACAACACGGCGAGCGCCGCCUCCUCUCGCUACCACGAAGGCAGCAGUAAGGACAGCGGAUCGCAUGAAACGGACGGCAACACCGCUGCAGGCCAGGCCUGGGAUAUUGGGAUUCCGGACGGUCCCAGCUACACCGGAGGCAACGCCGCCUCCUCUCACUACCACGAAGGCAGCGACAAGAACGACGGUGGCAAGAGCGGUGGCUCGCAUCAGUCGGACAGUACCGAUGCAGGCCAAUCUUGGAAUAUCGGGAUUCCUGAUGGACCCAGUGUCAACAUGGGCAACUUCUACCAUGUGAGCCAUGAGAGCUCAGAAGCACCUAAGCCUGAGUCUAAGCCCGAGCCCAAGCCCGAGCCCAAGCCUCAGCAACCGGAAACCACAGAGCCGGCAUCACCACCUCCCUCACCAUCGCACAAUGAGCCGGCCCCUCCUGCUCCUGCUCCUCAGACCUCGGAGGCACCCAAUCCCAACCCUUCUGCUGUGGCUCCUCCUACCCAUGAAGGACCCGGAACUGCACCCGUCCCUGCCCCUCCGUCCCCUCAAACCCCGACCACCGCCCCUGCUCCUCCCCAGGAAAAGCCUGCGGGUCCUUCUGAGCCUGUUGCUCCUGUCCCUGCUCCUGUUCCUGCCCCGGUUGAUGUCUCUCCUGUUGAGAAGCCUGCUAGCCCUGCCCCUGCUCCCGAGGCUGAGAGCCCUGUUGCCGAGGAACCUGCUGAGGAUUGCCCUUCUCCUGAGUCUGAGGAGGGAGCUGCUCCUAGCCCUGCUCCCGAGACUGCUCCUGAGACUGCUCCUGAGACUGCUCCUGAGUCUGCUCCUGAGUCUGCUCCUGAGUCUGCUCCUGAGUCUGCUCCUGAGUCUGCUCCUGAGUCUGCUCCUGAGACUGCUUCUGAAACUGCUCCCAGCCCUGCUCCUGAGUCCGCGCCUGAGACCAGCCCCGAGUCUCCUGCUGAAUCCGGCCCAGCACCUGGCCCUGAGACCGAAAAGCCUACCUCUACCCCCGCGUCUGCUCCCGCUCCCGCUACCGAAGCCAAGCCUGAAUCUGCCCCCGAGUCCGCCCCCGAGACCCAGCCCCAGUCCGGCCCCGACGCUACCGCCGCCGCGCCCAGCAGCCCCGAAUCCAGCCCCGCCACGGAGCCCAAGACAGCUCCCGAGGUGCCUGAGAACGAGAACAAGCCUGCCCCUGCGCCUGUGUCCCCGCCACUCCCCGCCUACACUUGUCAAUGUCCUGCCUAA